AUGGCGGCGGCGGCGGCGGCCUCGCCUCAGCCUCAGCCGAAGCCGCCGCCGCCGCCCGGGCCCGGGCCCGCGGGGGAAGGCGCGGGCCCGGCGGGCGGCGGGCCCGAGGCGGAGGCGGAGGCGGAGGAGUUCGAGUUCGCGUGCCCGGCGCACUGCAGCGAGCUGGCCUGGCGGCAGAACGAGCAGCGCCGCCUCGACCUCUUCUGCGACGUCACCCUGGCCUUCGGCGGCGGCGCCGGGCCGCUCCGCGAGGUCCGCGCCCACCGCUCCGUGCUGGCCGCCGCCACCGACUACUUCACCCCGCCUCUGUCGGGCGGCUUCGCCGAGUCGCGCUCCGGCCGCGUGGAGCUGCGGAAGUGGAGCUCGGAGGGCGGGCCCGAGCCGGACACGGUGGAGGCGGUGCUCGGCUUCAUGUACACGGGCAGCAUCCGCGUCAGCCCGGGCAACGUGCACGAGGUGCUGGAGAUGGCCGACAGGUUUUUAUUGAUGCGGUUAAAGGAAUUCUGUGGAGAGUUUCUGAAGAAAAAACUGAAUCUCUCCAACUGUGUGGCUAUUCAUAGCUUAGCUCAUAUGUAUUCCUUGAGCCAGCUUGCCCUGAAAGCUGCAGACAUGAUAAGAAGGAACUUCUGCAAAGUUAUCCAAGAUGAAGAGUUCUACACAUUACCCUUUCACCUCCUCAGAGACUGGCUUUCAGACUUGGAUAUCACAGUGGACUCUGAAGAAGUUCUUUUUGAGACUGUCUUAAAGUGGGUUCAGAGAAAUGCUGAUGAAAGAGAGAGGUACUUUGAAGAACUCUUUAAACUGCUCAGACUGUCUCAGAUGAAACCCACUUACCUUACCCGGCAUGUCAAAUCUGAAAGGCUAGUAUCCAGUAAUGAAGCCUGUCUUAAAUUAGUGUCUGAAGCUGUGGAAAGCCAUGCCCUGAGGGCUGAGAACUUGCAAUCUGGUAAUUUACAACAUUCUGCUUAUCCUGUAUCAUUGCUGCCUCGCUAUGGGCAAAACAUGGAUGUCAUCAUGGUGAUCGGUGGUGUGUCAGAGGGAGGGGAUUACUUAAGUGAGUGUGUAGGCUAUUUCAUUGAUGAAGACAGGUGGGUAAACUUACCACACAUACAUAAUCACCUUGAUGGACAUGCUGUUGCUGUUACAGAAUUAUAUGUUUAUGUGGCUGGCUCCAUGGAACCUGGCUUUGCCAAGACUGUGGAAAAGUACAACCCCAACAGAAAUGUCUGGGAGCAAGUCUCUCAUCUAAUAACCAGAAAGCAUUCUUUUGGCCUCACUGAAGUCAAGGGAAACUUGUACAGUAUUGGUGGACAUGGUAACUUCAGUCCUGGCUUUAAAGAUGUAACCAUUUACAAUCCCAAGCAAGACACAUGGCACAACCUGGAGUCAGCCCCAAAGAUCCUUCGUGAUGUAAAAGCAGUCACCAUAGAAGAUAGAUUUGUUUACAUUGCUGCUCGAACCCCAGUUGACGAUAGUGAAGAUGGUUUAAGGGCAGUCAUUACCAGAUAUGACACAGAGACAAGGCACUGGCAAGACAUCGAGUCUCUGCCACUCAUUGAUAACUACUGCUCUUUUCAGAUGUCUGUUGCCAACACAAACUUUUACCAGACUGCAUCAUGCUGCCCCAAGAGUUACCCCAUAGAUAAUGAAGAGGCUAAGAGAAAGAUCUCUGGCAGAAUACCAGAGGAGAUUCUUGAAAGUUUACCUCCAGAAGUUCUUACCAUUGAAGGGGCGGCCAUUUGCUAUUAUAAAGAUGAUGUUUUCAUCAUUGGUGGGUGGAAGAAUAGUGAUGAUAUAGAUAAGCAAUACAGAAAAGAGGCCUAUCGUUACUGUGCUGAGAGAAAGCGAUGGAUGCUUCUCCCUCCCAUGCCGCAGCCUCGCUGUAGAGCAACAGCCUGCCAUGUGAGAAUCCCAUUCAGGUGCUUGCAUGGUACACAAAGAUAUCCUAUGCCACAAAAUUUGAUGUGGCAAAAGGAUAAAAUACGGCAGAUGCAGGAAAUACAUCGGCAUUCUUUCAACUUGCAAAGAAUGCCCCGCUCACAGAUUGAGUGCUAAUUCAUGGAAGACCGUUCCUCUAAUAAACCCGGUUUAAGGAAUACAGUGCUAUCCGUUUUGUAAGGCUCAGUACAUUGCCAUCAUAUAUUAAGAUUUGGAUAAUUGAACUGGUGGCUGGUUUGAUGCAUAAAAGUAACAUCUGUACUUAAAUAUUGAGGAUGAGAAAUAGUUAACCAACACCUAAAAUCCCUCUCUUAUGUAUCAUGGAGAAGAGCAUACUGUAACCCAGGAAAACUAAAUUCCUAUUAAGGGGAUGUGAUGAAAUGCCUGACGCUUUAAGAAAAUUUAAUGUAGAAUCUGUUAAUUCUCUUGUGCAACCCUCAUUUUCAUUAUAUGGAUUUAGUCUGUCAACAGUUCCUUCAAUGUAAAAAAAAAAAAAAAAAAAAAAAAAAAAAAUCCAGCUUAGCACAUUUUUUUAACCAUUACAUUUAGAUGUAUUCUUAAAGCACCAAUUUUAUUUGCACUUACAUAUUGAUAUUUCUUUAGCUUCUCUUCUCCUGAGUAGCUGAAAUUCACAUACAAUUGGCAUUCGUGCACUUAGUUCUCAAAACUGAGGGGACAUGCAAUAGUUAGAAAUACCUGUUAUAUAAAAAUAAAAGCACAAUCUUUUUUCAUAAAAUUA